CUUCUCUCUCCAUAUACUACUUUUCUCUCCCUCCUCUCUCCCUCUGUUGCGCUGCACCAUAGGACUAGCGCACUAUCCUCACUAUGGCAUCCACCGCAGCACGGACUCUCUUACUGCUUUUCGUUACCUUCUGUGCAUCGAUUCAAGCCGAAAAGCCCCUGCGGCCACGGAACGUGAAGCUGACGUCAGUGGACAAGGGCCUGAGAGUGAGCUGGGAACCUCCCAACCAGCUGGACGGUCGCCCGGUGGACCGCUACACCAUCAGCUACGGAAAGUCCAUGAGGACACUGCGCUUCAUCAAGGUGGACAAGGACAGACGCUCCGAGGUACUGGAGGAUGUAGAGCCCGGAGUUCUGCACUUUCUGAAGAUGAGUGCAGAGAACGAGGAGGGGAUCAGCAAACCUGUCUACAGAGCAGAGACGCCAGGAGGUGGUGAAUGGGUCAAACUGGACGGCUUUGCAGUGGUGGGCGGGGCACCUGUCAACGCAUCCUCUCCAGGUCGUCCAUCUCCUACUCCAGACACCCGGCCCAGGCCUGACCCCCCUGUGAGGAUUCAUGUGAUGACAGAAACAGAGACAGGAGUAGAUGAGGCAUUGCGCCCCUCAGGCCUAACCUCUCCCAGGGGGCAGCGGAUCCGGAGACCCCCCCAGUCGUCCUCCGGCCCUCGUCAGCCAGAGAGGGCUAGGGCAGGGCUAGCCCUGCUUGACCAGAGGUCCCAACACCAACAACACCACACCCAGCCACAGGCAGACCAGAGAAACAGACACAACCUCAAACUAGCUUCUGAGUCCGUCUAUGUGGUAUCACUGCAGGCACAGAGAGCAACGGGGCGGAGCGCGCCAAGCAGCAGGGCCACCCUGACCAAAAAAGCUCCACCAGAGCCUGAGGAGCAUGAGGCCAAAGACAUCAGCGUGAGGGUCAUGUCCCCUCAGUCUGUACUCAUCAGCUGGGUGGACCCGUCCAUCGAGAUGGAGAAGGUCCUCCCUGGGGACUCCAGACACUACACAGUGAAGUACAGGGAGAAGGGUGAGUCUGCUCGAUGGGAGUACAAGGAGACCAACCAGAGGAGGCAGCUGAUAGAUACCCUGUCAGCUGACAGGAUGUACGAGUUUUCUGUCCGCAUCUCCAAGAGAGACAACCAUGGCAAGUGGAGCACAUCUGUGUUCCAGAGGACCCCAGAAUCGGCUCCCUCCGGUCCUCCAGAGAACUUUCACGUGAAGGCGCUGAGAGGGAAGGGAACCGCCGUCACGGCGACCUGGGACCCUCCUGAGGAACCCAAUGGGAGGAUACGUGAGUACAUCAUGUCCUAUGCUCCUGCCAUGAAACCCUUUGGGAUGAAGUCAGUGACAUACCGCGGCAGCAUCACCUCAGCCAUCGUAGACGGCCUCCAGCCUGGGGACCGUUACAUCUUCAAGAUCAGGGCCACCAACAGGAGGGGCCAGGGCCCUCAAACCAAAGCCUUCAGUGUGGCCGUGCCUCGUGGCACCACCAACAGCGCUGCCUCCCCGCCAACUCAUCACUCCAAGGGCCAAGGAGGCCGUAGAACCAGCCACACACCUUCUCGGACCACCGAACAGGACAGUUACCAUGACGAUGACACCGACAUCCAAUUAGACGCUGUGACCGAACAGCUGACCACACCCACCCAGACCACAUCCUCUGCCACCAGACGGACACGCCCACUCACCCAGACACGCUCCUAUCACAGCAUCUUCUCAGAUGUGAGGGGCACGGUCAGGAAGGGGGCGACCAAUCAGCAACUAGGAGGCGGUACCUCUUCAGCCAGAGAUAAGGGGAGAGAGACAGAAACAGAGGAUGAGCAGGAGGAGGAGUACAAAACAACAGAACCCAAUCCAGAAGAACAGAAGAAGGUGAGGCUCACCAACGAGGCUCUGGAGGAGAAGAAAGAAGCAUUGACUCAGAACAACGGUGUUCCUUCUGAACCUGAGGAGGAGGACAGGAGCCAUGGCAGAGGGAGAGGGAAAGAUCCAGCUGUAGAUGAGCCCUCUAGCCCCAGCCUCAAAACAGAGGUUCCCUCAUCAGAGGGCUCCUCAUCAUCAUCCAAACCCUCCUACCCUCUCCGCAAACCUCUCUCCGGUAGACGCAUCAACUCUGGUCGACGGCAAUUCUCCCGGACAUCUGGCUUAGGGUCAGUGUUCCAGCCGAAGACACAGGAUGCAGAAAUGGACAGUGCCUCCUCCUCCUCUUUGUCCUCCAGCCCAUCCCACAGCCAGGAGUCAGCAGCCAUCAGGAAAGACGAUGCGGUCACCAACUACGCCGAGGGUAAAAACACCUAUGACCAGCCCAGUGUCACAGAAACCAAACCCUCCCCCUCCACCCCAGAGCAAGCCAUCUCAGAGCCCGAGGCCGAGGCACCUUCUGUGGGUAGGGGUCCUGCUCUGCCAGGUCGUGGAUAUGGUUAUGGCAGGAGGAAACCCGGGAUCCUGUCUCGAGGGAAUCCAAAUGGCCGAGUUCUGACUGGACUCCGCAAACCUGGGUCAGCCUCAACAUCGACCGGAGGCAAGAUUCCUGAAACGUCACACACUCACGGCUCACAUACUCCUAACGCGCAGGACUCAAUACACCACCAGGAGAAAAAUGACCACAACGACUACAAAAACACAGACACAAAGGCCACAAAAGAAGAAGAACCCACUUUCAAUUCCCAGACCAUAUCCUCUACACAUCCCUCAGAGGAGGACGCAAGAGAGGACAGGAAAGAGGAGAGAGGGAGAGAGAACAGGAGAGAGGAGGAAGGGAGGGGAGACAGGAGAGAGGAGAGAGGGAGAGAGGACAGGAGAGAGGAGAGAAGGAGAGAGGAGGGAGGGAGGGGAGACAGGAGAGAGGAGGGAGGGAGGGGAGACAGGAGAGAGGAGAGAGCGAGGGGGGAGAACAACUACAACACCCCAGCUCCCCCUCCCUCCAGAAUUAACCCCUUUGGGAACCGUCACCAGAGCAGGUUUGGAACAGGGACGGGGAGCAGUAGCAGGGCCUCCUCCCCCCGGGCGGACGGGAGGGUUCCCUGGAGCAGGACUACCUCCUCGUCCUCCGUUGGGGCAGGGAGACCCCUCCUUAGAGGAACCCCCUCCAGGACAGUUGCAUUGGGGGCAGCAGGAGCUACGGGGGCAGCAGGAGCCUCAGGGGAAUCGAGGACCUCAGCAUUGCAGAAGACCAGUGAAGAUGUUAAAACCUCCUCCACCCUCUACCCAUUAAAGAACGGGGAGAGGGCGGGGUCACCUAAACCCUCUCUGCCCAACAGGAAUGCAGUUCUAGGUGGAUCUAGGAAUCCCAUCACCUCCUCUUCCUCCUCCAACCCCUCCUCUAGUGGUCGUAGAGACUCCAGUGAGCCAGUCCACAGAGGAAGCAGCAUCAGGGAGGACAGCAGUAAUGACCAUGAGGAGGACUAUCUCUACGAGGGGAGUAAGGAGAUCUAUGAGAAAGUCACAGACCCAACCCCUGUCCCCAAAACUACUACCACCACUACCACCACUACCACUACCUCAGCCCCCAGUACCCCCCGCAGGGUGUCCCAGAGUGGGGAUAACGUGAAUGUGGACCCCAAGCUUGGUAGAACCAGACCCGGUUUAAUCCCCAGUUCUACGUUCCCCCGACGUCCCAUUUUAGGUCCCAACGGGAGGGUGAGAUCCCCCCUACUCACAAACAGGCAGACGGCUUCUAGGUUCCCCUUUAGAGCACAACCAGCACAGAGCACACAGUUAGAUUCCUCUAACCCAGACACAUCCCCUUCCUCUUCCUCCUCUUCCUCCUCUAGUCUGCCACAGCCAGACCACAGGGUUAACGGGGCCACUAGUGUUAGCACUGGAGGCUCCCCCCCUUCCCUCUCUCUCCCCUCCCUCAGACAGACCUCCUCUAGUGAGGGUUCCCAGGGGUCUCAGGACUCCUCCUCCUCCUCAUCCAGAGACUCUUUGGGGGGGCAGGGGAUGAGGAUGCGCUACCCCAGUCGGUCAGACCCCUUCGUCAGGGGCAAAACCCCCAGUGGAGGCCUCAAGCCUGGCUACGGAAACGGUAACGGUAAAAAUGGCCGCCCCAAUCUCACAGUGACCAGUGACAAAGAGUCCAGCACACCUAAUGACAACACAAAACCUAAUGGACGAAGGUACAUCACUGGGCCUGAUGGAGCCAAAUGGGUGGUGGACUUGGAUGAGGGGGUCCUGAUGAACGAGAAUGGCAUGGUUCUCCAGGACUCUCAGGGCCGACCCAGGAGGGUGGUGCUGGGAGAGGAUGGACGCACCAUCUUUGACCACCAGGGCAGCCCAUUAGUGAACCAGGAGGGUCAGGCUCUGUUCGGUCAUGGUCGGGAGAGCCAACCAUUGGUCAACCCCAAAGACAAGUUCCUGACCGUGGGUGGCAAACCCGUCAUUGGCCUGGACCGGCCUAAACCCAGGACCACAACCACAACCACAACCACAACCACAACCACAACCACAACCAGACCUCCUACUACGACCACACCUGAACCAACCACGCUCCCAACCACCACUGAAAUGACCACAGAGGAGACCACGACCAUGCUGGUGUUCCCAUCUUGUCCUCCAGGAAUGUUUUUAAUCAGGGAUGAGAAUGGAUUUCCAAUGCUGGAUGCUGAUGGUGUCCUGGACUGUUAUCCUGAAGGAGAUGUUGUGGCAAACCACCCUGCCCCCCACCCUGCCCCCUACCACCACCACCCCAGACCCCCCACCCCUGAACCAGAGAGCAGGCCCUUCAACAACAGCCCUUCCAAUGAGUUGGACCUCACCGGGAAGAAACGUUUCACAGCUCCGUACGUGAACUUCAUCCAGAAGGAUCCGGGUGCUCCGUGCUCGCUGACGGAGGCUCUGGAAUACCUCCAGGUGGACGUCUUGGAGAACCUGUUCAAGAAAGACAGCCUGGCCUCCAAUCAGAAACAGCCACCCAAGAACAAGCCCCACAACAUCACCGUGGUCGCCAUGGAAGGCUGUCACUCGUUCGUCAUCCUGGACUGGGCCAUCCCCCUGAAGGACGACAUGGUGUCAGGCUACAUGGUCCACAGCGCCUCAUAUGAUGACAUCCUCAACAACAGGUGGUCCUCCAGCACUUCCAGUGGCACACACCUGGCUGUAGAGAACCUCAAACCCAACUCCAGGUACUACUUCAAAGUCCAGGCAAAGAAUAUCUUUGGGCUGGGACCGGUUAGCGAUACGCUCACCUAUGUCACUGAAUCAGACGACCCUCUUCUUAUUGAACGGCCGCCUGGUGGAGAGCCUAUCUGGAUCCCCUUCUCCUUCAGAUUCAACCCCCAGCACAGUGCCUGUAAGGGCAGCCAGUACGUCAAGAGGACCUGGUACAGAAAGUUUGUGGGCGUGGUCCUGUGCAACUCGCUGAGAUACAAAAUCUUUAUGGGCGAUGGGCUGAAAGAAAUGUUCCACAGUAUAGCAGACACAUUCGGCCAUGGGGAGGACCACUGCCAGUUUGUAGACUCUUACCUAGACGGGAGGACAGGCUCCCCCAGCCUCUCAACGUAUCUGCCCACAGCACAAGGUUACUAUCGCUCUUACAGGCAGGAGCCAGUCAACUUUGGACCUAUCGGCCGGCGUACGCCACAUCCCUUCGUGGGAUGGUACGAGUGUGGGGUGCCCAUCCCUGGCAAGUGGUAACACAGGGGGUCACAAAGAGGUCAUCACCGAGGGCAUACAAACUCCAACCUGCUGCAGCCUCUGUCAUGCUCUCACUGACCCCGCCCCCUGGAGAUGAACUGUUGCUAACCACAGCAGAAAGACAACAACAUUCCAAACUUAUACUGCUUCAGAUCAAAGAGAAUAUAAUACUUUAAACAACACUAAUAUUUCCAUGUAUUCAUUACCAUGCACUUUUAUAAAAGCAGUUUGUAUAUGAGGGGGAAAAAAGCAUGUAUUGCUAUUGCUUAGUUUAACUUUUGUCUUCUGGAUCGGAAAGAAUCCUUGUUAAUUCCCAACUAUUCUCAAGUGGAAGUGCACCUGUGAUCAUGACAACACUAAUGAAAUGGGAGAUCCUGUAAAAGACCAAAGCACAAACUGAACAGUACUAAUGGGAGCGAAGGGAUUGUAUGUGUGUUUAAUAUCAAUCAAGAGAUCUUGUUCAUAACAGUAGUAUGAUACAGUAAUGGCUUUUGACAACUAGUUUUUGUGUCAGUUUUCUUGAACAUGCAUAGUGUUUUUAUAGUCUUUGGUAUUUACGAGACUCCAUAAGAUCAGAAGUUACUGUGGAAGUGUUGUAUGUAUACAAUGAAUAACAAUACUUAAUAUUUGCUCAGGAAUGGUUGGACAUUAAAUAAAGGUGCUAUGGAAAACAA